AUGGCUGCGCUGGCUCGGAGCGUCCUGGUGACCGGGUCCAACCGGGGCAUUGGGCUGGAGCUUGUGCGGCAGCUUGCCGCCAGCCCCCAGCCCCCAGAGCACAUCUUUGCCACCUGCCGUGAUCCCAAGGGUCCCAGAGGGAAGGCCCUGCAAGAAUUAGCUGCUGAGCACCCCAGCAUCAAACUGGUCCAGCUAGACAUAGUGAACUUACCCAGCAUCCAAGGGGCUGUGCAGGCUGUGGGGUCUCAUCUGAAGGACCAGGGCUUGAAUCUGCUCAUCAACAAUGCGGGUGUCAGCUCACAUGCCACACUGUGCUCCCUGGACAUGCAGGAGAUGCUCAACGUGUUUGCCACCAAUGUGGUUGGGACGCUCCAGGUUACCAAGGAAUUUCUGCCACUCCUGCAGCAGGCGGCAAAGGGUGCAGGGAAGCAGGGGCUGAGCUGCAGCAGGGCCGCAGUCAUCAACAUCUCCACCAAACUGGGCUCCAUUGGGCUAUGCCUCGGAGUGACAGAGGCCCCCAUGUACCCGUACCGUGCCAGCAAGGCUGCCCAGAACAUGGUGACACGGUGCCUAGCUGCGGAGCUCCAGGACAAGGGGAUCUUGUGUGCGGCCAUCCAUCCUGGCUGGGUGAAGACUGACAUGGGGACAGAGAAGGCACCGCUGACAGUCGAGCACAGUGUUCAGGGCUUCCUAACUGUGCUGGCCAGCCUCUCUCAGGACACCUCUGGAGCCUUUCUUGACUGGGAAGGGAACAGCCUGCCCUGGUGA